UCAUGGUACAAAUGAAAGUUUGCGUAGUUGUCAAUUAAGUGGGACAAGUUGUCAUCAUAACUUUUGAUAUCACUUUCACGUCUUGAACUUUUAACAACUGUAUAGCAAUCUAGGUGUAGCCAGCGAGCUAGCUACAUUCAUCCAGCUAGCUCGCUAAGUAGACAGUGGGUAGUCUGUGUCGUUAGCGUUAUUGUAUCCAGCUUAGUGGAUGCUAGCUUUUGGAUAAGAGUCUCCUCCAGUUUUUUUUUUUAUCUUGUAAAUUUAAUGUUUGACUGGUUCCAAUGUGCUUUGAGUGCACUGGUCGCCAAGUCAAAAAGUUCUAUUACGCUCUAAUGACAUUCUGGGCACCUCUCUAGCUAGUUAGUGUCCAUUGAACAGUAGCAGUGUAAAUAAGCUAAGUUAGCCAUGUUAACCAGUUAGCAAAGUACAGCUUCUAUCAUUGACCGACGGGGUAGGAAAAGUAUAUUAGUUUUCGUCAAACUAGCAUCAAGUGGGCAUUGUAUAAAGUUAACCAAGAGCAUGGCGACACAGAGCUAAAUUGCUCUACCAGAGUAAACAUACCAUCACCUAAUUCGUGUUUAGUUACUGUUAUCCAAAACUUAAAUAGUUGAUCAUUGGAACAUAGCUUCUAGUGGCCCGAGGCUGACACGCAAUACCAAAACACCGAACACCAAUGCAGCGCCAUUAAAGUCAUGGAUUAUUUAACUAGAUACAGUAACGUUACCUAACCUUACUCUGGCAGCGUAUCCACCGCCUAGUGAGAUCAAAUGUUGCUUUGGGAAGGUACCCUUUUUGAAUGAGCUCACUGUUCAUACUUGGGGCCAGGUUUCACCGCUAACAUACAUGCUUUAGAAUCUGAAAGGGAGUGUUGUAGCCCCGGCCUCCUAGGAGGUGUACACAGUACAUGUGUAGGUCCUUGCCCGAACAUGUUCCGGUUAGACGCCUACACCUACAGAGGGGAUAGUGUUUGGGAUAUCUAAGCAUUUCUGUUCCUGUAACAUUAAGUGGUGAGAAGUUCGACACUAGCAUCUGCUCCCACUAGUUUAGACUCAUUCUCUGGAAGUCAUACAAUACAGUUCCUCUUUACACUGGUCUGCUGAUCUUCUUCCCCGCUGAUUCACAGCCAGCAGCUCAUCAGAUGAGAGACCUUUCUUAUCUCGUGAAUCAUCCUCUCCAUCUUAUCCCAUUGCCUGCCCUGAUCUCAUCAAUGGACUGAGAAGCUGACUCUCUUGCUAAAGAAUCUCUCAACAGUCAUACCAUUUCCUGUUUGUUCUCGAACGAGGGAGGUUUGGACAAGAAUAGGGAUGAGCGAUACAGUUUGGGAUUACAUUUUGAAAUACUCCGAUUUUAUGACAACCUAUAACUUGACUAUACGUAGUAUCUUACAAUAAAGCUAUUCUAGCAGUUUCAUCAAUGAGUGACGUGUUUAGUUCCAGCAGUAUAAUGUAGCUACCUGGUCACCCAUCUCAUAUUUCCAGCUCACAGCAGAAUGCGUCACAUACAAAGAGACACAUUAUGCAGACACAUUUUAACAUUCAUGUGUGCAUUUGCAGUUAUGUGUGCAUCAGGUCAUGUUUUUCUCUUUGAAACGUUUGGUGUAUAUUUGUUUGUGAAAGCUCAGCGGAUGUCAAGGUCACCCCAAUGCCCCUCUCUCAGAUGACACCCCUGCUCAUCAUUCAGUUGCCGUGGGCCUGAGGGCAUGUUGAGGAGUGUCGGCCAGCCAGAUCACCGGGGUGCAGACGGAGCUGAGCAGACCUGAAGAGGAGCGGAGAGGAGGAGAGUCAGUGAGAGUGUGAGAGAGAGACAUGGGCCAGUGCGUCACAAAGUGCAAAAACCCCACCUCCUCUCUGGGCAGCAAGAGUGGAGACAAGGAGAAGUCCCACGGCAAGAAGGGCGGCGGAGGAGGAGGAGGAGGAGGGGGGCACAAGGAAGACCCCUGUCCCAAGAGCUCUGCCGAGCCCGUCUACAAUGGCACCAAGGCCCCCGAUGUGACCGUGGAGACCAGCGUCGCCCCGCCACCGGUGCACGGGGAGGGUGUGAAGGAGGAAGGCUGGGCGGAGGGCGACGGCGUAUCGCUGCGGCGGAUUGAGGAGAUGUUCCUGCGCUACAAGGACGAGCAGGAGGACGCCAUCCUGGAGGAGGGCAUGGAGUGCUUCUGUGAGGACCUGCAUGUGGACCCCGCCGAGUUCCGCGUCCUCGUGCUGGCCUGGAAGUUCCAGGCGGCCACCAUGUGCAAGUUUACAAGGAAGGAGUUUGUGGAGGGCUGCCGGGCCAUCCAGGCGGACAGUGUGGAGGGCAUCUGCUCGCGCUUCUCCGUGCUGAUGGAGGAGGCGCGCGGCGAGGAGAGCUUCAAGGACCUGUAUCGCUUCACCUUCCAGUUCGGCCUGGACGUGGACGAGGGCCAGCGCUCGCUGCAGCGCGGCAUCGCCGUGGCGCUCUGGCGGCUGGUCUUCACGCAGGACACGCCGCCGGUGCUGGAGCACUGGCUGGACUUCCUGUCAGAGAAUCCGUGCGGCGUGCGCGGCAUCUCGCGCGACACCUGGAACAUGUUCCUCAACUUCACGCAGAGCAUCGGGCCCGACCUGAGCAACUACAGCGAGGACGAGGCCUGGCCCAGCCUCUUCGACUCCUUCGUGGAGUGGGAGACGGAGCGCCGGAGGAGAGAACAGGAGGCGGAGGACGAGAGGUGGAGGGGGAUGGGGGGAGGAGGAGGAGGAGAGGAGGAGGGGGGGGAGUGCCCACCCCCCUCUGUCACAGACUGCUCAGAUGGGGCAGCAGCACAGGGCUGGACUUCUCACUGACUGGCUGUGAGGCAUGCUGGGAUAUGAACCCUUGAGAUGGCCUUGAUGGAUAUGAGUAUUACUGUUUCAUUACCCAUCUAUAUUUCACCGUUAUUAAUAUGAUUAUUUUGGCUGCUUGGGGAGGACGGCCCCCUCCUCCCUCCCCUUCCCCCCCUCCCGGCCCCACCCAUUCUCGUGUUUUUAUAAAAGGGCUCUGUAAUGAAAUGGUGUUUUUAAGCACUUCUAUUUAACUUAUUGUUUUAUUUUGUAAAUGAUUGUUUUGGUAUUCAACAUUUGGGUUUUGGAGAGUUCACAACCCCCCCACCCCUAUUCCCAACCCAACCCCUGCUCAGGACCCCUGUGUUUUGAGCAAACCCCCCACUCCAGAAGCCCUGGUGACUGGAAAGAGAGUGGCUGCCCAUGGGCAGCUGCAUCUCAGUCCACCGAUUGCUGCCCCCUAGGUUCACUACUUUAGUUCACUUCGCCUGCGAGGUCUGUGUGUGAGAGAGGGGAGGGGAGGAGAGGAGAGGAGUGCAUGUUGAGGGGAUGCACCUUUUAUGAGGUGUGCUGUUCACACAUUACCAAGCAAAGGCAGUGAACGCCUGAGCCAAUCACAACCAAACCAGCACACCACAUGUGAACCUUGAGGAUUCCUCCUCAGAGGUGAACGAGGGAGAGAGGAGAGAGCACCCUGUGGGGUGACCGAACAAGAGCUAAAGGAGGGAUGCAGGGUAUGACAUGAAUUGGGCUAAUGUCUUAGAUAGUCAGCCUUAAAGCAUUGCACAAGAGGGUAUCAUAAACCAUUUCGAUACCAAAAAAUCAGGCACAGUGUGUCCAUGAAAGAAAUCACAACCAUACCUUCCACCAAGUUAUAGAAUUUGUGUUCGGCAUCAUUCAAGACUCCAGCAGAAUGAGUGCCCUGACCUUAAUGCCUGGCCCAGAGUGUGGAUCUGUGUGGCCGUCAUGACUGCAAGGUGAUUCAGCAGAAACGAGCUGAUGAGAUGUGGGAGAGCCCUCCGCUGCUGCACUGAGAUUGUCCCAGGAUGUCCCAGUCACCUCUCUUAAAAGCCCUCUUUAAGAGGCAUUUGUACUGAACCAAAGCACCAUGUUGCCCAACUACGUAUCUGUUCAAACCAUUGUAGAAAACAAGUAUUAUUCUGGAAUCCACAGAAUCAUUUAAGAACACUGAUUUCUGAUGUAUCCAAGUCAGUAUGUAUUAUUUUUUAUUUGAAAUGAUUUUGCCCCUCUCGUAAGUUGGACAAUGUCCUUUGGAUGACUGACAUGCCAUUCUUGUGGCUCUCUUAAUGUGGUGGUGACAUCAAAAAGAUUGUGAGAUAAUGUUUGCUGAAGAGUGAAGGGAGUAUAUUUUUGGACCAGGUAUCCCUUUCUCUUCCUGUCUCCUCAUUACAGUCUCUUGCACGCUUCAACCUCUUAAGCCGGGAAGUACUCUACAUAACAUUUAAUGAAGAAGGGAAAUUGCUGCCUAAGUAAUAAAAUAGUAAUGGGAACAUUACACACAACUAUAUAAGGGCCCUGUGUUGCAGUAAAAAAGUGUUGCUGAUGCUGAAUGUUUGGAGAGGACACGGAGGUGUUGGCACCAGAGGCUGUGUGUGAGUGGAUGGGAGUGUGUGUGUGUGUGUGUGUGCGAGCGUUUGUUAUUGUGUGUGUACAAAGAUGGCACUCUUUGGCCUCUGUUGCCAAACACUUAAAUCUCACAGGGAUCCUCAUUCUUUAUCCUUUGGCCUCGGUUCUGUUUUCUUUCCUCCUCCGGCUGGACCCCUCUGCCCCCCUCCCUUCAGCUCGCAGUGUGUGAUUCCUGAGGAUGCCUGUGACCAGACACGUGUGAUUGUUUGGAAGGUGCUUGCUGUGAUCAGGUUUAUUUUUGCUGUUUACAUUUUACAUUUACAGUGGUUUCAUUUCACUUUCCUUUGUCUGGUUUUUAUAUAAAAAUGCAAUGAUUUAUAACAAAUAAAAUGGAGUGGACAGUGAACCACAAAAUGUUA